AUGACUAGUGAGCUACCAUUAAAUAUUGUUUCACAAGACUCAAAAUGCGAUGAGCGGCCAAAGUGGGACAAUAAAAUACAGUAUCUUCUAACUUGUAUUGGAUUUGCAGUAGGGUUAGGAAAUGUGUGGCGAUUUCCUUAUCUGUGCCAAACCUACGGAGGAGGAGCAUUUUUAAUUCCAUAUGGAAUUGCUCUAGUUUUGGAAGGAAUACCUUUAUUCCACCUGGAGCUGGCUAUUGGACAACGACUGCGGAAAGGAAGUAUUGGGGUGUGGAACACAAUAUCUCCGUUCCUAGGAGGAGUUGGUAUAUGUUCAUUGAUUGUUUCCUUUCUUGUGGGAGCGUAUUAUAAUACCAUUUUAGCUUGGGUUUUGUGGUACUUUUUCAAUUCCUUUCAAGAUCCUCUUCCAUGGAGUUUCUGCCCUGCUAAUGACAACAAAACAGGUGAAAUUUACGAAUGCAGCAAAAGUACUUCAGUAAAUUAUUUCUGGUACAGGAAAACGUUAAAUAUAUCCUCAAGUAUUACUGAAAAUGGCAGCUUGCAAUGGUGGCUGGUCAUAUCUCUAGCAGCAGCCUGGGGAAUAUUGUAUAUGUGCAGUUUAAGAGGCAUUAAAUCUACAGGAAAGGCAGUUUAUAUUACUGCCACGUUCCCUUAUCUGGUUCUUACCAUAUUCCUUAUUCGUGGUCUUACACUUCCUGGGUCUACUGAUGGUUUAAAGUAUCUUUUUACUCCCAAUAUGGCAGUUUUGAUGCAACCACGUGUAUGGCUGGAUGCUGCUACACAGAUCUUCUUUUCUCUUUCAUUAGGUUUUGGAGGACUAAUAGCAUUUUCAAGUUAUAACCCAGAAAAGAAUGACUGUGGAAAGGAUGCUGUGACAAUAGCUAUCAUAAACAGCAUGACAUCCAUUUAUGCUUCCAUCCCAAUUUUUUGUAUCUUGGGAUUUAAAGCUACAAACGCAUAUUGGCACUGCCUAGAUAGGAACAUUGCUUCUUUAAUGAACGAAUUUGAUCUAAUGGAGGAUAGUGUUACAAGAGAUAAUUACAAAUAUUGGUUUGAAAACCUCAAUAACACCUUUUCAAAAAGAAUAGAUAACCUACAGCUGAAAGAAUGUAAGCUGCAAGAUUUUCUUGAUCAGAGUGCCUCCGGUACUGGACUAGCGUUUAUAGUAUUCACUGAAGCAAUCAUCCAGAUGCCAGGGUCACAAGUCUGGGCUAUUCUGUUCUUCAUAAUGCUCUUCUCCCUUGGUCUUUCUUCUAUGUUUGGCAAUAUUGAAGGAGUACUCACACCUUUGUUAGAUCUUCAUAUAUUUCCUAAAAGUGUUCCUGUGGAGUUUAUUUCAGGAAUAAUUAUUGUGAUAUCCUUUGUUUUUUCUCUUAUUUUUACUAUGGCUUCUGGAAAUUAUUGGCUUCAGAUAUUUGACAGCUUUACAGGGUCCUUAACCCUUCUAAUUGUGGUGUUUUUUGAAGCUGUCAGUGUUUCAUACGUAUAUGGUAUUGAAAGAUUUUGCAAUGAUGUUCAAUGGAUGACAGGGAGAUACCCAAAUAUUUACUGGCGUACCACGUGGAAAUAUAUCAGUCCUCUGCUUAUGAUAUCUGUAUUUUUGGCCUAUGUAGUAAUGCAAAUUUUAACACCUUUACGGUAUGAAACCUGGAAUCCGAAAUAUGAGGCAUUUCCCAUGAAACAAACACAAGAAUAUCCAGAAUGGGUCGUCGCUAUCUGUGUUUUACUGGUGGUGGUACCUUGUAUAUUUAUUCCAUUUGUGGCGCUUUAUCAUUUUGUCAAAAGGACAAUGAAGAAAAAACAUAGCCAAGACAUGGAAGCACACCGAAAUCAAGCAUAUGAUACUUCAGGGGAUUAA